AUGAUGAACACAAAAAUGAUGAAGGAUGAGGUCUUCAAACAGGACAUGACCGAUGAAAUGCUCAGUGCCUGUCAAAGAGCUGCCCGUCAAGCACUUAAUGAACAGAGUAGCUAUGGUAAUCAAACUAACAAAGAACAGACACUGGCCUCGUAUGUGAGAAAACAAUUGGAGAAGCAGUACCCUGGCACUUGGAGUUGUGUCUGCGGUCAGAGAUUCGGCAGUGAAAUCGCCUACGUAAAGGACAACUUUGCCUUCUUCUCAGUGGAUGGAAUGUCCUUCAUGGUGUUCAAAGCGGCCGAGUACCGAUAG